AAUGAACGUCUGCGACAAGUCUUCGCUGAGAAAGCGAAUACGGUAGGUCCAUGGCUAGAACGUCAGUUGGAAAGUGUUUUAAGCAUCGGUAUGGGUGGACGAGGUAGUCUAGAGAACGCGAUCACUCAACUUAAGAAUAUUCAACAACAGACGUAUUCCUAUAAACCAAAUUUGGAUGAACUGGAAAAGAUCAAUCAAGAGAUGCAAGAGAAUUUCGUCUUCGAGAAUCGUGCCGCACGCUAUUCGAUGGAAUCGCUGAGAGUCGGUUGGGAAUCACUGCUCACUCAAAUUAAUCGAACAAUUAACGAGUGUGAAAAUCAAAUUUUGAUGCGUGACAGUAAGGGUAUAACUGAGGAUCAGUUGAACGAAUAUCGUGCAUCGUUCAAUCAUUUCGAUAAGGAUCGUCAAGGCUUGGACAGCGAGCAACUGAAAUCGUGUCUUAUUUCGAUUGGUUACAAUAUUCGUCCUGGUAGAGAGGCAUUGAGAGCGCGUAAUCUAAUUGAAAUAAUGAUUGGCUAUUUAAAGGGGGAUCAAGAUAUGAAUCGUAUCCUAUCAAUAGUGGAUCCGAAUCGUAUGGGACGUGUUCCGUUCGAUGCGUUCCUCGACUUCAUGACCCAUGAAACGGCUGAUGCGGAUACCGUUGAGCAAAUGAUCGACUCAUUCAGGGUUCUUUCAGCCGGAAAGGUAUUCCGUCUCCGUUUCGUCACUUUAUGCGCUUCUCUCCCUUACAUUACUGCCGAUGAGCUGAGACGAGAGUUACCGCCCGAUCAAGCUGAAUACUGUGUUCAAAGGAUGUCCUCAUAUCGUGAGACUGGUGCACCGUCAGGAUCCUACGACUACGUUUCAUUCAGUCGUAGUUUAUAUGGUCACUAA